GUUUAGUUUUUUCUUUCGAGCAGCGCGCAGUGGCUCUCCGCAAUGGCAAAAGUAGUGGCGCGUUUAACAGUUAAAUCUAGUGCACUUUUAACCCAACGACAAAGUCUAACCGUGUAUAAAGCAUGUUGCCGAAAUGCCAGCACAGGAUUUGCGAAUAAAUUGCCACCAAGGAACACACAACGUCUGCUGAUGCUGGUGGGCGGCAGUGUCGCCUCAUUGGCGGCACUGACUGCGUUUAUUCGACUGAGAAGCGCCGCGAAUACAGCAAAUGCAAUGCGAAAGAAGAGCCUGCAUCGCGAUGAUUCCGACUUGGAGAAUGUUAAGCUAACCGCACGCGAGCGCCGAUUCAUUAAAUUCGCCUCCGUGGAGUACGAAGAUCAGCUGUAUAUGACGCCACAGGAUUUUCUGGAAUCUGUUGUGGAACAGGAACCCAGACCUCGUCUGAAGCGUCGCGUGCUCAGCUGCGAGGAGGUUGAAAAAUACAAGGACAAUACGCCAGCAGUCAAAAAGGGUUCCUCACGUCUCUUUCGCAAUCUCAGGGACAAGGGCAUUGUUUCGUACACGGAGUAUUUGUUCUUGCUCUCCAUUUUGACCAAACCCAAAUCGGGCUUCCGCAUUGCCUUCAACAUGUUCGACACGGAUGGCAAUCAGCGUGUGGAUAAGGCCGAGUUUCUAGUCAUUAUUUCCAUUUUGGCCGGCGCCUAUAAGUCCCUACAAGAUGUUGACCCAAAAACCAAGGCAAUUAUGCGACGCUUAGUACCUUAUGAGGAUCACACACCGAUUAAAUCUCUAGCAGUUUCACGACCCAAGGGUCUUAUGGAGCGCAUAUUCAGCGGCGCUUGGAAUGAAAAACACGGCGAUCAGGCGUCAGAAAAUCCAGAUGAAUCGUCCGAUACGCCACACGAGCGUAAUUUAGUGGAUGACGCCGAGGGUCUGCAGCGACGUCAUGUGGUGUCCACAACCCUGCAGCUGCAUCUGUUUGGCAAGCGCGGCACUGGCGUCAUCAACUACGACAAUUUCUAUCGUUUUAUGGAUAAUCUGCAGACGGAGGUGCUCGAGCUGGAGUUCAAUGAGUUCUCCAAGGGACAAAGCUUUAUAACCGAACUGGACUUUGCCAAAAUCUUGCUGCGCUACACGUAUCUGGCCACAGAUGAGUACGAUGUGUUUUUGGAGCGUUUGCUGCAUCGCGUCAAGGAUGAGCAGGGCAUAUCCUUUAAUGAUUUUCGUGACUUUUGUCAUUUUCUCAAUAAUCUCGAUGAUUUCACCAUAGCCAUGCGCAUGUACACGCUGGCCGAUCGCUCCAUAUCCAAGGAUGAAUUUGCGCGCGCUGCCAAGAUCUGCACUGGCUAUUGCCUCAGUCAGCAUAUAAUUGAUACGGUCUUUGCCAUAUUCGAUGCGGAUGGGGAUGGUAUGUUGCAUUAUAAGGAGUUCAUAGCCAUUAUGAAGGAUCGCUUGCAUCGUGGGUUCAGAUCCGUAGCCAAGUCGGAGGGCUGGGACGCCUUCAAGCAUUGCCUAUAUCAUGAAAUGGCUGCGCUAAAGAAACCUUCCUAUUAGACGCUAUCGAAACCCAGCAACACUCUGUUGAUAUGAAGAAACGAAAACUACGCCAAAGUGAAACAAAAACAAAAAACUAUAUUAUCGAAUUCUAGUUGCAAAUUACUUUCUUCUAAAGAAACACAAAAAUCUCCUGUUUUAGCUUCAAAUUUUUAAAAAAAAAUCUUUAUUAUUGUUAAAUUAUAAAAGUAAUUUAUUAAUGAGUCUGCUAAAAAUAUAAAUUUGCAAUUUGUUAGAUGAUUUCAAAUUUAUAUAGACAUUACGCAUAAGAAAUGCAGUUGUUACAAAAUAAAUAAAUACAUAUUUAUAUAGUUAA